AUGCCUCUCCCCUACCGACCACAGCAAUCCAUUUUCCAACCAUCACAGCUUCUCGAUAUAUACUCGACUCGACCUUAUACAUCCUGGUCAGUUCAACAUUAUACAGCAAGACUCAGCACAAUGCAAAAAUAUCAAUGUACUUUCAGUUCUUCUAACGGCAAAGGCAAGCAACCAAUGCCACCUGGAAAGUCGCCUAGCAAGUCUCCCGGCAAGUCACGGCCCAUCCCUCGCGCACUUCCACCAAUCCCGCUCUGCAAGUGCCGCGAUCGUGUCGAGGAGCCAACCUUUGUACAGAGCGAGAGACUCGAAUGGCCUCUUCUCCGUCAGAAGAUCGAGCGUGUCUUCCCUCGCUCUUCAAACCCCAUCAUUCCUUGCGAGUGGGGCCACGAAGUGGUCAGACAAGACGCCAAUGGCAAUACCUGGGACCUUCACUACCUGAAACUCAAAGAAUGCAUCACUGCACCCUCGUAUAUGCCUGUUGCCCCUGAAGCCGCCCCUAAAGUGCUCUUGCGCGGUGAGAUGGCAACCAGAAUGUCUGAUGCCCUGGAAAGUGUGAUGAAUAUCCUGGAUCAGAUGCCCUACAACUGGAAGUAUGAUUCUAACACCAAGCUUCCCGUUCACGCUGAGGAGUUCCCUGCUUUUGAGAAUAAUUGCUCGAUGUGUGGUCUCCCUCGCAAGGACCCCAGAUACUUGCCUCCCAAGCCUCAGACUAGCCACAAGCUCAACCUUAAGCGCUAG